UUGCAAGAUAACGUGAAGAUAGAGAUCAUAUAUUCUAACACCACCACCCUUCACUCAAACUCUUUCUAUCAAUAUGGACCCCCGCUCCCUUAUUGCCGAAGCGGAAAAAUUAACUAAGCCUCAGCUGGGAUUCUUCUCAUUCCUCUCAGGCUCCUCCCUGUCAUAUCGUCUUGAAGAGGCAACUGAUCUUUAUAUUCAAGCUGCAAACCAAUAUCGUCUCAAUAAAGAGUUCCAAAACGCCGGUAAGCAAUUCGUGAAGGCUGCAGACCUUCAGAAACAACUCCUGAACCAUAAUGAUGUGGCAAACCAUUUGAUUGAAGCUUACAAAUGUUUUAAGGCUGUUUCCCCAGCUGAAGCAAUUGAUUCCUUAUCUCAAGCAAUUCAUAUCUUUCUCACACAAAAUGGUCAAUUCAGAAGAGCAGCUAACUUCACUAUGGAUUUGGCAGAAUUAUAUGAAAGUAUCAACGAUACAAAGAGCGCUGUCAAAAGUUACGAACAAGCUGGUGAUUAUUUUGUAACUGAUCAUGCAGAAGCUCUCUCAAAUAAGGCUUAUUUAAAGUGUGCUGAUCUUAGUGCUGUAUCCGGUGACUACAGAAAGGCUAUUGAAUUGUAUGACAAUGUCAUCAAGAACCUGUUGGGUAAUAAUUUAACCAAAUGGAAUUUGAAGGAUUACUUCUUCAAGACUAUUUUGUGUACUUUGUGUAUGGAUGAUGCAAUUGAAGCAUCUAAGAGAUCUGCUGGAUAUCUUAAUGAAGAACCUUCUUGGGAAAGUACCCGUGAAUACAAACUUGUUCAAGAGAUCUUAGAAGCUAUUGAUCAAGGUGAUGUUCAAGGAUUUCUGGACAAGGUUUUUGAAUUUGAUCAAUUUAGUAAGUUGGAUAAGUUGAAAACUCUGUUACUUUUAAAGAUUAAGAAUACAGUUGUGGAAAAGGAUGAUGAUGAUUUGUUAUAGGAAGGAAAGACAUGAAUUUUGAAAUGAGAAUAUUAAUAAUAAGAAC